AACAACUAAUGCGAGACAGUGACAUACGAAAUCUUAGCCGAGAUCCGCUUAUCUACAAAACUGCAACGUGUCUCAUAUGGUACAUCCAUUAAUUUUGGGUGUAAAUAUCUCUAAACAUUCUUAUUCUUUGGCCUUCACGCGCGUGGUGUCCACGCCUGACGAUUCUCAUAAAACAUAGCCCUCUGAGUGGGCCGUGAAGUCCACGACCCUGCUCUCGAGUGGAGAAAGACGCGGCAUCACCGAUUCCAGGAGGAGGGCCGCGAAUAGAGCCCAACUACGUGUGGUUAUUCUGGAAGCUCCCCAAGGCCCUCUUCCCCACCUCAUUCCACAGUACGGCUUUCAUGCUGGAAACAGCCCACGUGUACCAUGCUUUCGGCAGUGCCGGACACCUUCUCGUUUCUGAUUGGUCCUUAUGUGGGACCGGCUCUGCGUACUCCAUUGUGCCGGGCCCAUCUCUUUUGUCGGUCUCAACCCAAUCCACCCAAUGGUAUUGGACUUUUUCGCUGGACACGUGUCCUUUCGCCUUCGCCUUUUUGCUCCCCCUAUCAUCGCUCCCUUCUGUCUAGUUUGGUAGCGACCUGGCCCCAACUGUUUCUCUCUCUCAGCCCUCAGCGAAGAGAAUAAUUGCCUCAGAACCUGCACACGCGCCCGCAGAUCGAGAAGAGAGAGAGAGACAUAAAUCUGGAUCCAACCAUGAGCUGGUCUUAAUAGUGCUGGGUGGGUAGGAUAAAUAUGGAUGGUGGGGAGGCAUGGCGUUCCACGAGAUGCGCCGGUGGCUUGCAGGAUAAGGCGAUGAUCAACAGCCUGAUGCUAAGAUUCCGACCCAUCGCUCCAAAGCCGGCUGUGGGAGCGCCUCUACUUGGUCGAUCGCCGGCGUUCAAUGAUAACACCAUCGUUUCUGCACGGAGAACGAAGAGAAAGUACGUUAGGGUUCGGAGGAGUUGUAAAGAGGCUAAUAAAGGCAGGGAGCGUACUGUGGCAAAAGAAGAACUAAAAAGCAAGUCGGCCACCACGCUGCAGCUGUUAGAAGAGAAUCGUGCGGACCAACGGGUCCCAUCGAAAGGUGGAGCUUGGUGUAGCGCUAGUACUAGUGUGUAUAGUCAUACGGUCACUGUGACAGAUAAGGAAGAUCGGGAAGCUAUUAACCCUUUUAUUCGGCUGAACUUGAACUUGAACUUGAUGAAUGAUCGUAAUCAAGCGUUAGGUCAGAUGGCAGUGAUGCCACCGGUGAGGAAAUCGGUGGAAACGUUGGUGACGGUGGAGUGCGUGAGUGAGACGUGCAUGGAUGCGCUAGGGUUAGGGUAUACAGACAUGGAGAAGUUAACCAAUCUGGGUGGGGAUUCGUGUCCAGGGUUCGUAUCAGACGGCUUAAAUAGGGUUGUGUGGGUGAAUAGGGCGUUUAGGAAGAUGUUCAUGAGCCUGGAUCAUCAGGACGAGGAAGAGCCGCCGGAGAUGGAGGUGAGGUUAGUGAUGAGAGAACGACUGGCGUACAGUGCUUUCACAUGCCAGUUGAAAGUGCAGUACACGUGGUGGAAGGAGAAAUUCUCGCAGAUGGUUCCUUGUGAUGCUUGGAGAAUGGACGGUGGAGGAUUUGCAUGGAGGCUGGACGUAAAAGCUGCCCUCAGUUUGGGUCGCUAAAUAUAUUAAACCAGAUCAUUGUUGCUUUCGAAGAUGAAUCAUACAGGAUCUCUUGUGGAUGUAAUAAAUUAUUAAUUAACGCU